AUGAAGGUCGUCUCCACACUCAUCUCCGCCUCCCUCCUCAUCGGCUCCGUGUCGGCCAUCCUCGGCGGCUGGAAGAUUCCGCAGGGCUCCAAGACGUACGUGACCGGACUCCGCUCCACCGUCGACCCCAAGUCCCCCGACGACUUCAGCUUCUGCGGCGGCGCGCUGAUCUCCCCCACCCACGUGCUCACGACCGCGUCGUGCACGACCACGGCCUCGGCCAACUUCCCGAGCAAGUACAAGCCCGUGAAGCUGCCGGCCCCGGGUGGCGCGGACAUUCGCAGCGGCACCAACGCGGACUGCAGCAAGGCCACCAAGUCCACUGUGGAUAACUCGCAGGUGUGCGCCGGCGGUGCCCAGGGCAAGUCCCCGUGCCAGGGCGACACCGGCGGCCCGUUCAUCAAGGAGAACGGCCGUGGCGACGCUGACGACGUUCUGGUCGGUCUUGUGAGCGGCGGCAGCGGCUGUGGCGUGAACGGCUCCCCUGCCAUUUACUCGCGCGUGUCCUCCGCGGUUCCUUGGAUUAACACGGCCAUGAAGACCAAGUAA